AUGGUUCUUGGCUGCCUUUUCGCCGGCUCUAUUAUCGAUAGACUUUGGAGAAAACCGGGCCACGUUAUCUUGGCUUUUUCUUUCACUGUCAGUUGGCUGAUUCAAGCUUUCGCCACAAACAAUCCAGUUAUGUUAUUGGGAAGAUUUUUUAAUGGAAUAUGUUCUGGUGCAAUAAGACCGAUUAAUUUAGUAUAUUUAGGAGAAAUUUCAGAUCCAAAAUACAGGGGACUUAUGCUUUUUACUCCACCAUUAACUCUAAAUGCUGGUAUAAUAUUAAACUAUGCAUUAGGCGCUUUUGUUUUUUGGAGAACAAAUUCUUUACUUUGCUAUUCUCCAAGCAUCAUAUCUAUAGUUCUACUCUUGAUUUUAAAAGAAAGCCCUUUAUGGUUAAUUUCAAAAAGAAAGAUAAAUGAAGGAUUAGAAAUAUUUAAGUGGUUUAGAGGGGAGACAGAAGCAGCAGAAAAAGAAUUAAAAUCGAUAUUAGAAAAGCAAAAAGUUAAAACUUCAAAUGUAUCUAUGAAGGAUUAUUUGAAAAAGGAUUUUAUAAGACCUCUCUUGAUUUCCUUCUUUCUAUCAAUAGCUUCGCAAUGUAAUGGAGCUAAUGUCAUAACGUUUUAUGCGCAAGAUAUUCUUGGAAACCUUAUUCCAAACGACUUCAAUCCCUUCACGCUAAUGAUUACAACGGAUUGCGUGAGAUUAUUUGCAGCUCUUGUAAUAAUUUUUUUCGGAAAUCGCUUCCCAAGGAAAAUAUUGUUUAUGGUAUGCAUUUUUGGAGCUUCUCUGUUGCUUUGUGGUUUAUUAGGUUUAUUAUAUUUAUAUUAUACAGAAUUAAAAUGGCUGUUGAUUGCAUUAUUAAUAGCCUAUGUAAUACUAGCUAGUUUCUCGGUAACAUUUGCCUGCUAUAACGACUUUAAAUGCAAUCGUGUGUGUUUCUUAUUGCCUGAAACUAGUGGAAGAAGCCUACAAGACAUAGAAGACGGAUAUGAUAAGAAAAAUAUUAUUGUAUCUAAAUUAUAA